AUGCUGCUGCAGCCACCAUGCUGCUGCAACCGCCAUGCUGCUACAGCCGCCAUGCUGCUGCAGCCACCAUACUGCUACAACCACCAUGCUGCUACAGCCGCCAUGCGCUGCGCAUGCCAUGCUGCAACCGCCAUGCUGCUGCAGUACCAUGCUGCUACAACCACCAUGCUGCAGCCACCAUGCUGCCUAGCCACCAUGCUGCUACAGCCACCAUGCUGCUGUGCCAUGCUGCUACGCCGCCAUGCUGCUGCCUUUGCCCAUGCUGCUGCAACCACCAUGCUGCUGCAGCCACCAUGCUGCUGCAAUACCAUGCUGCAGCCACCAUGCUGCAGCCGCCAUGCUGCUACAGCGCCAUGCUGCUACCCCAGCCACCAUGCUGCUGCCACCAUGCUGCUGCUUCACAUGCUGCUACAAUACCGUCCUACUGCUGCGCCCAUAGCAACUGCGGUUAUCAACCGACCGCCAUACUGCUGCAGUACCAGCCGUAUGCAAUCGCCGUAUAACUACAACCGCCAUAACGCUGCAGCCACCAUGUAA